GUCCAUUCAGAGGUGAUGAUUACAUCUUCGGCCUAUUAAAUGGCCAUCCAGAAACAAUGAUGAACGUUAUGCGAAUGGAUGCACAAACAUUCAUUUUAUUGAAAGACACUUUACUCCAUAAUGGCUUUAUGGAUACUGAACAUAUGCAUAUAAGUGUGGAGGAAUCGCUUGGAAUUUUUUUAUACACUUUUGCACAAAAUGAUCGCCAUCGAAUAAUGGCAGAUAGAUUUCAACACUCAACGGAAACAAUUUGUCGGCACAUAAAAAUUGUUAUGCGGGCAUUGUGCAAGCUUUCAUCAUCGGUUAUCAAACCACGUAACCUAGAGGACAUCCCAGGAAAAAUUUUAAAUGACAGGCGGUUUUUUCCCUGGUUCAAGGAUUGUGUCGGUGCUAUCGAUGGCACAUUGGUGGAUGCAUGGGUCCCUGCUUCAAGACAACAUACAUUCCGCGGUCGGAAAACAACAGUAUCGCAAAAUGUACUCGCAGUUUGCAACUUCGAUAUGUUGUUCACAUUUAUUAAUUCUGGAUGGGAAGGUAGUGCUCACGACAAUGCUAUUCUGGUUGACUCUAUUACACGAGCUGAUCUACAGUUCCCACACCCACCCGAUGGCAAGUACUAUUUAGUUGAUGCUGGUUUCACGAACAUGCCUGGAUUUCUUGCUCCAUUUCGGUCUCAACGAUAUCACUUGCAAGAGUUUCGUGGCCAUCGUUAUGCAGGACCUAAGGAAUUGUUUAACCAUCGACAUUCGUCAUUACGCAACGUCAUAGAAAGAACAUUUGGUGUUUUGAAGAAGCGCUUCCCAAUAUUGCGGUCCAUGCCAAAUUACAAGUCUACACGACAAGGGCCUCUCGUGAUUGCAUGUUGUGUAGUGCACAAUUGGAUCCGUUUGCAUGCAGUUAUGGAUCCAUUAUUUAUGGAAGCUGAUAAUGAAAUGGCCGCAGAAGCAGAAGCAGACGGGCUUCCUGGAGACCAACCUGACUACGUUGACAUGUCACAACAUGGGUUAACGUCCCAAUCGAACGUUAGGGAUGCAAUUGCUACUGCUAUGUGGCAAAAUCAUGUUCACCAUGCAUAG